AUGGAAAUGAGCGGCGGCGGGCCGCUUUCAACAUCCUCAUCUGUCGGUGGUUUGAUGGCAACCUUGGCCGUGCGUGUUUUACUUCCAUUUGCUUCCUCAGUUGAUAAUUCUGCAAUUAUCUCAACAUCCGCAGGUACAUUGGAGCUGGUUGGUGCAUUUGUGCUCCCUCUGUCAGUUCGAGCAAAUACUGCAGUCAUUGUAUCCAUGGGGGCCCUGCAGUACAAGCAAAAGAAGAUGCGCCUGAGGAUGCGGCCUUCCGGCGUUUUCAUUCUCCGAAGUCUGGAGAAUACAAGAAAGUUGAAUGUCCCUGCAGAUGGCAAGAGAAUUCCAUAUGCCAAGCUGUCUGUGACAACAUGGAGGCACAGUCAUCAAAACCCAAACUUUCUUGGUCACAAUGAAGAUAUACCUGCAGUUGACUUUUUCCGAUUGACAGAGCUAUUUCUCAGUGCUGAAUCCCCCCUUCCCUCGUUUGACCGGGCAGCCGAAGCCCUGAAAUGGGAGGAUACGCCAGAUGUCUGGGAAGCUCUCAUCCCUCUAGAGGCAGUGACACUACCUGCGUACCGCCUGGUAGUGUUCUCGACACGACACACUCUGUACAAUAAGAAUCCCAUGUUUUAA